CUGCAAUCAAGUCUCCGAAGUCUCACGUACUCGCUACUCGAACUCUCUGUGUGUGCUCAGGACGUCCAACCCCCUCAACCUGAGGAUGACCCAAAUGGCCGAGUGGCAAUGAAAAUGUGAGACCCCAGAAAUUUCAAGGACGGCCACACGAUUCACGUCUGAGCUCAUUCACUUUGCAACGCAGAUCCGAUAUCAUUACACAAUUCAAGCAACUGGACGCAAUGAAAGAUGUUUUGUCGAGUCGAAUUCCUAUGCAAGUUUUGCGAGACGUUGACUUGAAUCGAAAUCCGCAUCUCGUUACCAAAGAACGGAUUGAGCGUGCAGCGGCAGAAAAUCAGUUCAUCAAGGGGAAAUUAGCAGCCAUCGAGGUGAGUGAUACGACAAAUGAUUUUGCUGUCUGGGACUAACUUGAAGCGACGCAAAGUCGUAUCGGGAUCUACUCGGCGCAGCGUUGAAAGAUACAUUUGAGG